AUGCAAUCAACGACGGCAAGACACAUGCUGGGUUGCGCACGCCUGUCGCUACAAACAUCCAAAAGAACCUAUAUCACUACAUCUCUCUGCACAGGCACCACAUGGAAACGGACGCCCAUACAGCAACAACACCCACAGACAGCCGCCUUGAAUACAACUUUUCAUCGACCUCGCACAGCAUGGUUGAUAGGCAGUGUGCGCCAACAUGGCACGCACGGACACCACCACCAUGAUGCUGAUCUAAUGGCAUCUCUCAAAUCCUCAAGCAAAAAAGGGACGAGAAUCACCAUUAUCGGCUUGGCCUCUAACGUAGGCUUGACUAUAGCAAAAGGUGCGGCAGGAUGGGUCAUGAACUCUGCCUCUCUGUUGGCUGAAGCGCUUCAUUCAUUCAGUGGUAAGUAG